AUGACCUACCGUGGCAAACAACGUAAUCUGGCGCAUUAUCAGUGGGUUUCAUGGCCGGACAAAUUUGUCCCGAAACAGCUUACUGUACCCUUCACGCUACUCAGCUCAGCUCGAGCUCGCAAAACGCCCACCGUCAUACACUGUUCAGCUGGAAUUGGGCGCACCGGAACACUUGUUGUACUUGAAAUGCUAGCCAAGUAA